GACUGGCUCAGGAGAGCAGUGUGCGCGCGGGUUCGACCGGGCAGCCAGCAGCAGCGCCCGUAAGGAUCGGAGCAGCCAUGCUUCCCGGGGUGGGCGUGUUCGGCACCAGCCUCACGGCCCGUGUCAUCAUCCCGCUGCUGAAAGACGAGGGCUUCGCGGUGAAGGCGCUGUGGGGCCGCACGCAGGAGGAAGCCGAGGAGCUGGCCAAGGAGAUGAGCGUCCCCUUCUACACGAGCCGCAUUGACGAGGUGCUGCUGCACCAGGACGUGGACUUGGUGUGCAUCAACCUGCCGCCGCCCCUCACCAGGCAGAUCGCUGUCAAGACCCUGGGUAUUGGCAAGAACGUCAUCUGCGACCGCACGGCCACCCCGCUGGACGCCUUCCGCAUGAUGUCGGCGGCCCACUACUACCCCAAGCUCAUGAGCAUCAUGGGCAACGUGCUGCGCUUCCUGCCCGCCUUCGUGCGCAUGAAGCAGCUGAUCGAGGAGGGCUACGUGGGCGAGCUGCUGGUGUGCGAGGUGCAGGUGCACAGCGGCAGCCUGCUGGGCAAGAAGUACAACUGGAGCUGCGACGACCUGAUGGGCGGCGGCGGCCUGCACUCGGUGGGCACCUACAUCAUCGACCUGCUCACCUUCCUCACCGGCCAGAAGGCCGUCAAGGUCCACGGGCUGCUCAAGACCUUCGUCAAGCAGACGGACCACAUCAAGGGCAUCCGCCAGAUCACCAGCGACGACUUCUGCACCUUCCAGAUGGUGCUGGAGGGCGGCGUGUGCUGCACGGUCACGCUCAACUUCAAUGUGCCCGGGGAGUUCAAGCAGGACGUGACCGUGGUGGGCUCGGCGGGGCGCCUGCUGGCCGUGGGCACCGACCUGUACGGGCAGCGCAACAGCGCGCCUGCGCAGGAGCUGCUGCUCCAGGACGCCACGUCCGUGAGCAACUCCCGGCUGCCCGAGAAGGCCUUCAGCGACAUCCCCUCGCCCUACCUGCUGGGCACCAUGAAGAUGAUGCAGGCCGUGCGUCAGGCCUUCCAGGACCAGGACGAUCGGCGCACGUGGGACGGGCGGCCCCUCACCAUGGCCGCCACCUUCGAUGACUGCCUGUAUGCGCUGUGCGUGGUGGACACCAUCAAGAGGUCCAGCCAGACGGGCGAGUGGCAGAACAUUGCGAUCAUGACUGAGGAGCCGGAGCUGAGCCCUGCCUAUCUCAUCAGCGAGGCCAUGCGUCGCAGUAGGAUGUCGCUCUACUGUUAGACCUUGUG